AUGACCUACGAUAAACAAAACAAUGGCCAUCUCGCCAAACCGUUCACGCCCACCUUGAGCGCUGCGUUCCACCGCAGUCAGAAAACCCCUUUGACACCUAAGCUUGCAAGUCCUGGCGCAGGUCCUGGCUCAGGCCUAACGCCCCGUCGCCUCGCCCCCGACAACCCCUAUUCCACCCCCUCCAAAGACGACUCCCCCGCCGUCCCGGCCUUCCUCAGUGCCAAUGUUACUCCGCGAUCUGGCCCUCGAACCACCCGCAGAGAUGGCGCUUUCGCUUCACCGACCAACACACCCCCCCUGCCCUCUCCUCAAACACCCUACUCCAAAUCAACAGUUGGUUAUGGCCGCCGAGACCGUAGCCCGGCUCGCGGGGUCAAACCGGAGCAGUCAAGGAGUCUAAGGGCCAAGACCUUGACAGCAGAUAACCAGCCCGCCACACGUCCCAAUUCGUUUUCUGAUAUAGCAUCGGGGGCCCCAUUGUUCUUCCAUGCGUCGGACGCACGGUCAUCACAUCCUUCUGAGGUGCCAACUGCCCCUCGCCCGCGGCCUCAGGGGCAGACUUCUCCAGCGUCCAGCUUUGUAUAUGCCAAUGGGGACCAAGAACGAAAUUCCCUGGGCGAUCAGUCUAGCACAAUCUCAGCGACCUCGAAGCGUCGAUCGGGGGGUAUUGGUCCUCGCCCCCUGCCCGCUGGUAAACCGACCGCUUCGUCGUCCCCGCGUCUGAGCUCCCCCAGACUUUCUGAUGCGGCCUCGCCCCCGCCGGAGGAUAUGAGAACUUCAUUUCUCGGUGGGCAUGAUAACGGGUUGGGGAUCAUUCCGCGUCUUGGGUCACCAUCUAGCAUGAUCGGCGACAGAUCUCAGCCAUCCAUCCGACACACCAAAUCCUCGAGUGUUGACUCAAAUCACCAUUUCCCUCAGCCGCAGGAUAGUCUACGUGCGAGCCCAGUCAUUGUUUCCGGCACCUACUCCAGCGAUGGCAAUGGCUCGUCUGUCUCGACUGAUACUUAUCCCCCCGCACCUCUCAGCCCUGGAAAGUCCGAUGGCCCCAGUGAGGCAGCUCUAAAUGCGCGGACUGAACGUAAGAUCAUGGACUUGGAAAUCAGCAACUCAUCAUUGCUUGCCAUAAAUCGGACCCUCGAACGAGAGAUGCGGCAGCAGAAGGCCGAACUUCGUCGGUUCCGAAGAUUGAGCCGUUCCGGCCGGAUCUCCAUGGCCCCCUCCGCCCGUUCGUUUUCCGGGGUGGCUCUUUCAGUCACCAGUGAGAUAGACGAAGGUGAAAGCGAGUACUCCACUCAGUCCCCUGACGACAAUUCUGAAAUCAGCGACGAAGACUCUAUUGUCGACGAAGGCAUUCUGAGUCCUGGAUCUUUGGCUGAGCAUGAUGCCAAGCACCGCGCAAAUGAUGAGAAGCGCGUGAUGCUUGACUUGGCGAAACAUCAAGAAGUGCUGGCGGACAGUCAGAAGAUGAACCAGAGUCUCAAACGCUGUCUAGGCUGGACCGAAGAGCUCAUCAAGGAGGGACAAAGGGCUCUUGAAUAUAAUGUGCAUGUGCAGGACGUUGAGUUGGGUGGUCGUGUCCUCGCGCCAGAAGAAAUGGGAGAAGUUGGCGAAGUCAGUCGUGGGCUGCUCAGUCCUUCGUCUGAGUACAACAAAAUCUUCUCACCCGUAGACUCGUCUGCCGAGGUGUCCUUUGUCAAUUCCCCGUCUAUUGAACCGCCAUCCCCUUUGCCAUAUGUGUCCACUGAACCGACCAUAUGA